UUAUGACUUCACUUACUUUAUUUUCUUUGCUUUACUUUGCUGUCAGUGUCCUCACGUUAACGGAUGGCUUACUUUCCAGCAUCACCACUGCAGCUCCACCAGCAGCCUCAAAGUGCACUCUUCUAAACAGCUUCCAACCAGGCUUUGUGGUCCAGGGUGACUAUGUCAUUGGUGGGAUUUUCCCCCUGCAUUUUAAUCUGAAAAUGCCAGACCUUAACGGCACCUACAGACCACCACCGAUAAAUUGCAAUGGCCACAGAAUUGAUCCAAGGGCUUUCCGGUGGGCUCAGACUAUGAGACUGGCAGUGGAGGAGAUAAACCAGAAUCCAGUGCUGUUGCCGAAUCACACACUUGGCUACAAAAUCUUUGAUUCAUGUGGAUAUCCACUGACAGGACAGAGGGCUGUUUUAUCGAUGCUGAAUGGAGUGAGUGAGGAAAACUCUUCUAUGUGCACAAAUGUCUCAUCACUCCUCGCUGUGAUUGGGGCUUCUGGAUCUGCUCGGUCUAUUGUUGUGUCGAGAAUCCUGCAGCUAUUCAAGAUCCCCAUGAUCAGCUACGCUUCUUCAUGUGCAUACUACAGUGGCAGGGUCUGUGAUGCAGCUCGUGGUCAGCUGUGCAGUCCCUAA